UAGAUCUGACGCAGUGAAAGCCGCUCUGCCUCACUUCCACUCCCCGCUCUCAGGAAGAGGCACGGCGGCUCGGGAGGCUCUCAAACACGGGCGUUUAUCCCAGGAUAUAUCUGCAGAGGCCGGUGUGCUGGAGCAAUGAGGCUGCUGUGAGGCAGAGAGUUAACCCGCAGCUCCGGAGCUCUGAGCGGGGAGCAGCCCCGGGUGUGUAACGCGGUGGUCGGUGUUCAUUGUGUGCGGGGUGGCGCAGGAGAAAAGGAUGCCUCCGCGGACACACACGCUCCUCCUGCUGCCGUCGAAACGCCCGAUUCUUCCUCGACAGAAGCCGUCCUUUGUCUCCCCUCUCUUGGAGGGUUUGUUUUUGAGGAGCACGCUGAUUUGUGAAGGACAUCGUCCACCAUGCUGCCCGCUCCGUCUCCAUGAAAACUCUCCAUGAAAACAAGGAGCAGGAGGAGGAGGAGGGGGGCUCCGCCAUGGAGGACAAGGAGAACAAUCUGAAGACGGCCAGGUUGUGGAGGGAUGCCGCCCUCCGCUCCAGGAAGCUGCGGAGCAACCUGCGCCAGCUCACCCUCUGCUCCAAAGACAACCAGAUCAUCCUGCCGGAGGACGUGUCCGACAUCGAGGUACUCAACCUGGGAAACAACUCCCUCCAGGAGCUGCCAGAUGGGCUGGGAUCCUCCCUGAACAACCUGCGCAUCCUGGUUCUACGCAGGAACAAGUUCUCAGCUGUUCCUCGGGUGGUGUUCGAGCUGGGGCAGCUUGUGGAGCUCGACAUUAGCCACAACUGUCUGCGGAGCUUCUCUGAGGGCGUGGGGCAGCUGAAGGCGCUGAAGAAGCUGUGCAUCAGCCACAACAAGAUCCAGUAUCUGCCGCCUCAGAUCGGAGCGCUGCAGCUUCUGGAGGAGCUCGACAUCAGCUUCAACGACCUCCGAGAUCUCCCGAGGUCUUUCUCCAGCCUCGGCAGGCUUCGGACUCUGGACGCAGAUCACAACAAGCUGAACCACUUUCCCCCGGAGAUCCUGGGCCUCGGCGAGCUGGAGGAGCUGGACUGCUCCGGCAACAAGUUUGAGGUGUUACCGGCAGACAUCAUGAAGCUGCAGUCGGUUAAAAUCCUGUGGCUCAGCAGUCUGCACAUGACCGUGUUACCUGACUCUUUCUGUCAGCUGACUCACCUGGAGAGUCUGAUGCUGGACGGGAACAGUCUGACUCUGCUGCCUGUUGCCUUCAGCCGCCUGCAGAGACUCAAGAUGCUCAACCUAUCCUCCAACCAGUUUGAGAACUUCCCCCAGGUGCUUCUCAGCAUCAGUGGUCUGGAGGAGCUGUACCUGAGCAGGAACAAACUGACCCACAUUCCUGAGGAGAUUGGUCAGCUGCUGAAGCUGGCCAACCUGUGGCUGGAUAACAACCACAUCACGUACCUGCCUGACUCCAUCGUGGAGCUGGAGAAGCUGGAGGAGCUCGUCUUGCAGGGUAACCAGAUCGCCAUCCUCCCCGAUAACUUUGGAAAGCUGUCCAAAGUGAACAUCUGGAAGGUGAAGGACAACCCUCUGAUCCAGCCCCCGUACGAGGUGUGCAUGAAGGGGAUCCCGUACAUCGCAGCCUAUCAGAAGGAGCUUGCCCACUCGCAGCUGGCCGUCAAGCCGCGGCUCAAACUGGUCCUGAUGGGGGCCAAGAACGCGGGGAAAACCUGCCUGAGACAGAGCAUGGUGAGCACGCAGCAGAACGCCAAAGGACUCCAGGUGAACGGAGGGAUCGAGGUGACGCACUGGGUGGCGGACGCAGAACGCCGUCUCACUUUUAUAGUUUACGAUUUGUCAGGGAAGCAAAACUACGACCUCAUCAAACCCUUCUUCCUGUCACCCGGUGCUCUCUAUGUCCUCGUUGUGAAUCUAAAAACGUACUCGCCCAGAAACUUUUACGCCCACGUUGGGUACUUCCUGCACCUUCUCGGCGCCAAAGUGCCGCACGCCGUGGUGUGUUUGGUCGGCACGCACGCCGACCUGUGCGGGGAGGAGGAGCUGGAGGAGAAGACUCUGGACAUCCACAGACGGAUUGGGCUGCAGGAGGACAGGGACGUCCAGACUCUGAGGAGCCUGGCUCUGCAGGUGGACCGGGCUCUGGAGCAGGGCUUCAGCGUGCGCUCCUCCAGCCCCCACGUCCUCUUCUAUGGCGUCUCUGACAGAAACCUGAGGCGCAGGAAGAACCAGCUGCAGUUCAUGCUGAACCGGCGGCUGCAGAUCCUGUCUCCUGUGCUGAGCGUCAGCUGCACCCCGUCCCAGAGGAACAUCCAGAGGCUGAGGGAGAAGCUCAUGUCUGUGGCCGACCACAGGGACAUCUUCCCCAACCUGCACCGCGUGCUGCCAAAGUCCUGGCAGACGCUGGAGGAGCUGCACGUUAAGCCCAAAGCGCUGUGGCUGUCGUGGUGGGACUCGGCUCGUCUGGGCCUGCAGGCGGGGCUGACCGAGGACCGGCUGCAGAGCGCCCUGUCCUACCUGCACGAGAGCGGGAAGCUGCUGUACUUCGAGGACAGCCCGACCCUGAAGGAGUAUGUUUUCCACAACCUUCCACGAUUCAUCGCAAUCCUCAACGUGUUCUUCCAGCGGGACGAGUCCACGCUGCUGGACCGGCUGCUCUCGGAGGGGGAGAGGGGGGACAAGGGGAGGGUGAGUCUGGCGAUAGAGGACGAGAAGGGGGAGAACCUCAGGGUGACCCACCUUCAGCACCACGUGGAGGGUUUCCUGCAGCACGGCCUCCUGCCCUCCAACGUGAUCCGCCUGCUGCUGCGUCCUCUGAUCGAGACGCAGCAGGACCUGCAGCUCGUCAUGGAGCUGCUGGAGAAGAUGGGGAUCUGUUACUGCAUCAACAAGCCCCGCAGCCGCCCCCUCAACGGGGCCACCGCCUGGUACAAGUUCCCCAGCUACGUAAGCAGCGAGGAGCCCCGGGCGGAGGCCUCGCUGGGGGGGGGUCCUCUACCUGUGUGUCACUUCCUGUCUGUGGAGCAGCUGCACAUCCAGUACAGCUUCCCCUUCCUGUUUCCUCCCGAUCUGUUCACACGCUUCAGUGUGCAGAUCAACAGUCAGGUGGUGCAGCGCUCGGACGGCAGGCACCAGAUCCUCGCCUACAGGGGCAAAGUCCCCGUGGUGGUCAGCCACGAGCCCGCCAAAGGGAAGCUGGACGCCGAGACUCUGUCCAUCGCCAGCCACGCCUCCCUGCCCAACAUCUGGACGGCGUGGCAGGCCGUGACGCCGCUGGUGGAGGAGUUGAACGUGCUGCUGCAGGAGUGGCCCGGCCUGCACUACUCCGUACAGAUCCUGUGUUCAAAGUGCCUGAAGAGAGGCUCGAGCAGCCCACACGCCUUCCCAGGUGAGCUGCUGAGCCAGCCGCGGCCCGACGGUCUGAUGGAGAUCGUCUGUCCAAAGAACGGCUCCGAGCGGGUCAACGUGGCUCUGGUUUACCCCCCCGCUCCCACCGCGCUCAGCCCUUGCCUCCAAUGAUCACCUGAGCCUCCUCGUCCUCCUCCACCUGUCUCACCUGACUCCUCCGACCGUCAACCUGCCACUCCCCCCUCCCCCUCUCCCCCCUGCCUGCAGCUGAAGGAAGCACACGGAAUCACUGCCUCACAGGUUGUGCGGCCGCUUCCUGUCGCCUCAUGAACAGUAUUUAAGGACUUUGAUGAGCACAACUUUUUCGCCUGGUCGUCACGGUAGCAUCCCGUCACUUCAUGGUUCAGACGUUCCCUGGAUGUCGUCAGAAACAACCGACAUGUCUCCACUUUUUUUACUCAGACUGAACAGAACUCUGACGGAUGAUUUCAUAACGAUAACCAGGAGGACUUUGAAACGUAUUUUUAAAAACCCUUCAGCCACGUUUCUGCCACGUCAGCGAGUGUCAGAGGUUCGGGGGAGGAGAUGUGUGAAAUGGACUGUGCGGGUACGGAGGCCCCAGAGGGACAUGGGCAGAUAAAAAUAAAUAUGAGGUUUCAGAUGCGCUCCAGAAACCGUCCUGAGAGCUCCAGAACGUUUCCAUUGUUUGAGAGAAUACUGCGCCCGCACCAGAGGCUGUUCUGUGUAUUACUGGACGAUGUUCGGACGAUGUCGACGUCCAUGUGGCAUCUCAAAGAACAACAUGCAGUCCUCGUCGUUUGUCUUGUUCAGCCGUUUUUGUACAGAGGUUUGGUGCAGCAUGAUAAAAGUUAAGACGUGUGUAAAGCUCUAUGGUGUGCGAGGUGGGUGAGGGCAUGUACAGAUAUUUAUCUUCUCCGGCUGAACCGUGUCCUCCCAAACAGACUGCGUGUAUUUAAAGCAGAGAAGAAGAACAUCAGGUGCGUCACUUCCUGUGUGCUCUCUCUUGUUUCUCUGUGUUGAGGGUUUUUUUGUGUUCUCUGAUGUAAAUAAUAUCUUUAUUUUUAUAUGUUGACACUCGGCUUUGACUUGAUUUUCUGUGCAAUGUUGUGCAUGACUCACGGUGAGGGUGCACACGGGGUUUUCUAUGUAGCUGAUGAACAUCUCACAGGACGACGCGAACCAACCAAAUAAACCGACUGCUGGCUUUAGUACCACC